AUUAAAAGCAAAACUCUGAAAUUAAUUUGAACAACUUAAUAAUUUUUGUCAUAUUAAUUAUAUUCGUGAGAUACAUAUUAUUUAAUGUUGUACUAGCAUUCAUCAACAAUUUGAAAAAAACCAUUAUCAAAAACGUUCAAAAUGUCUUCAGAGGAAAAUUCAAAUUCUGCAUUCGAUGCUUUAAAUACUGAAAGGUAUCCUAAAUCUGAUUUCAAAAUGAAAAAACAUAAAAAAAAUAAGAAGCACAAAAAAGGUUCCAGAAUGGAAAGCGAAGUAAUGGAUAAUCAUACUGAUUAUAAUAGACCUGGUCAUAAGAAACACAAAAAAAAUAAAAAGAAAACUAAAGAAAUUGAUUCCAGUAAGGAGAAAGUUGAUAAAUCUUAUUUAAAAAAGCAUGAACCGAAACCAAUGACAAUUGGAGAUAAAUUUAGUGAAAUAAUGAAAAAAUCAUCAACAGAUAGUUCUUUAUUAACAUUAAUUGAAAAACAGAAUGGACAACCUCUAAUUAUUAAGAAACCAAAUGUUUCGACUGACCCUUGCAGUCUUGUUGAAGAAAUUACAAGGACAUUAAAAGCGAAAGUUCUCCCUACAAUGGAAGUUGUUUCAUCUGGAUCUGAAAGCCCAGUAAUUCCACCUGACAUAAACAGUCCUGCUGUUUCCAUUAUAGAAGAUGAUCUUAACUUAGAAGAAUUAAUGCGGCAAAAAGCACUUCUGCAAGCUAGUUUAGGUGCUUAUAUGUCAGAAUCAGAAGGAGAAGAUAAUAAAGACGAUCAAAACAAAGAGAAAGACACGAGCCAACUUUUUAAUAAAAAUGAGAAUGAUGUUUUAGACGUUUUACCACAUAAGAUUGAAUUACCAAAAACUUUAGUUCUAAACAACACCAAAACUAAAGAUAAACCUGAUGUAAUUUCUUUAGAUGGCUCCAGCGACGACAAUCGUACUCCUAUUACAAAUAUUGAAGAAAAAUCAAUCAAAGAAAAAAUUGUUAAAAAAAGAGAAAAACGAGAAAAGUAUAACAAAAAGGAAAAUGAAGAAAAGUUAUCGAAAACAGAGAAGGCAAAAGAUAAGUUAAUUCACGAAAGAGAUCGAGAAAGAGAAAAGGAAAAAGAGAAGCAUAGGGAUUAUGAUUACGAAAGACAAACUAAUUAUCGUAACAGUUAUAACAGUAAUUAUUAUAGACGUGAAAGUGAUUAUAGAAACAAAGAAGAUAAUCGUGCAGAAGAUAGAAGAGAAAGCUUACGUCGGAAUGAAAGCUAUGAUCGCAGGCGUAGCCGCUACGACAAAGGAGAUAAGGGAGAAAAUGAUCGAUAUAGAGAACGUGAUAGGCGUGUACGUGAUCGAAGUCAUAGCAGAAGUAAACAAGAAUCAGACAUGCGACGAGAGAGAGAACGUCGUGACCGCGAACGCGAUCGAAAUAGGCGCGACCGGUCGAGUAGAGAACGUGGAAGACGAACGGAAAGAGAUAAAUACAAAGAUUCUUUAAGUGAAGGUCAAAAAGUAGAGCCUGAAGCUUCAAGUAGUGAAAAUUCAGUAAUUGAUGUGGAUUUAGAUAUUCAGAGUGACACCGAUGAUGAAGAGAAAAUUAUUGAAUUGCGAAGAAAGCGGAGGGAAGAGCUCUUAAAGAAACUAGGUACUGGAGCAGAAAUCUCUUCUGACACUAAUAAUUAUUUCAUGGAAAAGUCGGAAGUCCACCAGGAAGAGUCUUUAACUCCCCCACCGCCGAAAAAGGUUAAACCAGAUGACGUUUUAAAAAAGAACAAAGAACAUAGUAAUAGCGAUAAUAGAAAUAUUUCAGAAUCUGAAACAAACACGAAACAAGAAGAUAAAAAUAACAAAAUAAGCUCGAAGAAGAAUGAAUGGGAUAUGUUUGCAGAUCAAGAUGUCGAUUCGAAUUUCGAUUCUCCGAACACCAUAAUUUCUACAAAAAAUCAAAUUGAAAAUCCAGCCCUAACAGACAAUUGGGAUGAUGCUGAAGGAUACUAUCGAGUUCGUAUAAGUGAAAUCUUGGAUAACAGAUAUACUGUGUAUGGGUACACAGGCCAAGGUGUAUUUAGUAACGUUGUUCGAGCUAGAGAUCAAGCAAGAGGAAAUGCAAACGUUGCAGUAAAAAUUAUACGAAACAAUGAAAUAAUGCAUAAAACAGGUCUUCGAGAGUUGGAAAUUUUGAAAAAAUUAAACGACGCAGAUCCAGAAGACCGUUUUCAUUGCUUACGUUUGUAUCGUCAUUUCUUUCAUAAACAACAUUUGUGCAUGGUUUUCGAACCAUUGGCUAUGAAUUUAAGAGAAGUAUUAAAAAAAUAUGGUAAAAAUGUUGGAUUGCAUAUAAAAGCAGUUCGAAGCUAUACUCAGCAAUUGUUAUUGGCCCUAAAAUUGCUUAAAAAAACUGGUAUUUUGCAUGCCGAUAUAAAACCUGACAAUAUUCUUGUAAAUGAAAGUCACUUAAUAUUAAAAUUGUGUGAUUUUGGCUCAGCUUCUACUGUAAGCGAUAAUGAAAUUACGCCGUAUCUUGUAUCAAGAUUUUAUAGAGCUCCUGAAAUUAUACUUGGAAUGCAGUACGAUUAUGGAAUUGAUAUGUGGUCGGCGGGAUGCACGAUAUACGAAUUGUAUACUGGUAAAAUUCUUUUUAGUGGAAAAAGUAAUAAUCAAAUGUUAAAAUAUUUUAUGGAUUUAAAAGGCAAAAUACCAAAUAAGGUAAUAAGAAAGGGACAAUUUAGAGAUCAACAUUUUGACCAAAAUUGCAAUUUUCUUUAUCAUGAAAUUGACAAAAUCACAGAAAGAGAAAAAGUUGUUGUAAUCCCAGUAAUUAAGCAAAUUCGAAAUUUGCAACAGGAGCUUAUAGCAGAUCAAAAUUUACCAGAUGAUCAAUAUAGAAAAGUUACACAAUUGAAGGAUUUGUUGGAUGCUAUUUUCUGUUUAGAUCCUGCUAAGAGAGUUUCAUUAAAUCAAGCUUUAACACAUGCGUUUAUUUUAGAAAAAAUGUAAACUACAACUGGAUAAAUAUAUCAAUUUUAUGAUUGUAAUGGAAUGUUGCGCUUUCUAAGUCAGCAUUUUCUGGGAAAAAAUAUACAUAUAAACCAUAAGAUGCCAAAUUGUAAUUAAAGAGAUGAUGUCAGAUAAUGCCAACAAGGCUAUGUGCAAAUACGUAUAACUAAAUUCUCAAUUAAAAAAUAAAAAUUCUUCAAAAUAAGUGCAGAUCAUUUGUGCUUUGUUUGGCAAACAUUUUCAGUGAGAGAAAAUUUGAUGAAUGCAGUAUUAUAUUGCUUUAAAUACUUGAUGGUUGAUUGAAAGAAUCGUCUUUUUUGUUACAUCGUGUUCAACGUACAUUAUACAAAGAGUGAAGAAUAUGAGCUUAAUCAUUCCAUAUUGAGCAUUGAGUUCACAUGUAUGUAAAUAUUAUGCUGAAAUCGUAAGAGAAUAUAUUUUUUUAAUUAGAAUUUAAAGAUCAAAAACCCCCAAAAUUUAAUUUAUAUAUAGAACGUCAAUGAUUACUUUUUCGUCUAGUUUUAAAUCGCAUUGAAAUUAUUAACCAUUAGUAUCAAUUUAUAUAUGAAAUUCCCUAAAAACUCAAAUUCCAAAUUAAAAAAAAAAAAACACAAAGGAACUCAAUCAGUACAAUUAGCUUAAAACUAGCACUUUUAUUUUUGAAUCAAAUCAAAGUGAACGCCUGCAUCUGUUGAAAAAAAGAAGUUAUUCACUAUGAUAAAUUGUUUUUAUUUGUAAAACUUAAUUCGUAAAAUACCUUUGAGCUAAAAAAUUCGAGUUUUUAAAGUAAAAUAUUUCUUUUUAAAUAAUUUAAAUCAUUUACAAAUGAUU